AUGAGGUCAGAUCCAAGCACCAAAAAGUCAGAUGCCCUCUGUGAGUUCCACCAAGAGCGAGGUCACAAAACUGAGGACUGCAUCGCUCUAAGGCAGGAGGUCGUAAACAUGCUUCGCCAAGGACACCACAAAGAAUUGCUGAGCGACCGGGGGAGGACCAACUUUUCCCGAGGACGUGAACAGCACCAGGGACCUCCGAAACCACCCUCACCGACCUGCACCAUUCAAAUGAUCAUCGGGGGCGGCGACAACGCUUCAAUCAAUAACGUAAAAUUCACCACAACACACAAGCUUAAACAGUCGAUCACUCACGAACGAUACAGAUGUGAGACGCAUUAUGGUGGACGAUGGAAGCGGCACGUACAUUAUCCACCCUCGAGUACUCGCACAAAUGAACUUGAGGAUAAGAUUGUGCCGCAUUGCAUCAUGCUAACAGGUUUUAACAAUGCAGUUGAACGAACAUCUGGGAAAAUCACACUCCCCGUCCUGGCCGGUGGCGUCACUCUGGAAACCACAUUCCACAUCAUGGACCAGGAUACGGCGUACAACGCCAUAAUAGGCUGA